GGAUACUUGGCUGCACAGGAUGCAAGAAAAAGAAGCUGACCAUCAUCACUAAUGAACUAGUCUGAUCUGAAAAAGACCCACAGAGAACAAGGACCCCGUAAGGCUCGUCACAGCAAUUCCACCUUAAGCAACAAAACACAGAACCCAACAGGACGAUGCCGCCCCAACUCCAGUCCCAGAACCAGCCGGGCCGUCUCGUGUUGCAGGGGGACUUGGCAUCCUUAAGCCCAGCACUACGGGAGUUUAUUGAGAGCAGCGCCACCCUGUGCCAGCCCAGUGCCGUACACGUCUGUGACGGCUCAGAGGAGGAGAACCGGUGCCUGCUAGCGGAGCUGGAGGAGCAGAAGAUGAUCAAGAAGCUGCCGAAAUAUGAGAACUGCUGGCUGGCACGCACGGAUCCACGUGACGUCGCUCGAGUCGAGAGCAAGACAGUGAUAGUGACACAAGAGCAGAGGGACACGGUGCCUUCUCCACAUGGUGGUGUCAGCAGCCAGCUGGGGCGUUGGAUGUCCCAGGAAGAGUUUGACAAGGCCAUGAACCUCCGCUUUCCUGGCUGCAUGAAAGGACGGACCAUGUAUGUCAUCCCCUACAGCAUGGGUCCUGUGGGCUCUCCCUUAUCCAAGAUUGGUGUGGAGCUGACCGACUCUCCUUACGUGGUGGUCAGCAUGCGCGUGAUGACCCGCAUGGGCAAGGCCGUCCUGGAGGCCCUGGGAGAUGGAGACUUUGUGCGCUGUCUCCACUCUGUUGGUUGCGCCCUACCACUCAAAGAGCCAUUGGUUAACAACUGGCCCUGUAACCCCGAGCUCACCCUCGUGGCCCAUAUCCCAGACCAGAGGCAGAUUGUGUCCUUUGGUAGUGGCUACGGUGGAAAUUCCCUCCUGGGGAAGAAGUGCUUUGCACUGCGGAUCGCCUCCCGCAUUGCAAAGGAGGAGGGCUGGCUGGCGGAGCACAUGCUGAUCUUGGGCAUCACUAACCCUGAGGGCAGGAAGAAAUACAUUGCUGCUGCUUUCCCCAGUGCCUGUGGAAAGACAAACUUGGCCAUGUUAUGUCCUUCUCUACCUGGCUGGAAGGUGGAGUGUGUUGGGGAUGACAUUGCUUGGAUGAAAUUUGAUGAGGAAGGUAAUCUGAGAGCCAUAAACCCUGAGAAUGGCUUCUUUGGUGUGGCUCCGGGGACUUCGACAAAGACAAAUCCCAAUGCCAUGGCCACCAUUUGCAAGAACACUAUCUUCACCAAUGUAGGUGAGACCAGCGAUGGUGGUGUGUACUGGGAGGGCAUGGACCAGAAACCUUCUGAGGGAGUCACCUUGACCUCCUGGAAGAAUAAACCCUGGACUCUUGAGGAUGGUGAGCCCUGUGCACAUCCCAAUUCCCGCUUCUGCACUCCAGCAAGUCAGUGUCCCAUCAUUGACCCCCAAUGGGAGUCCCAGGAGGGUGUCCCCAUUGAGGGCAUCAUCUUUGGAGGACGCAGACCACAAGGUGUGCCACUGGUGUACGAAGCGUUCAACUGGCAGCAUGGUGUGUUUGUUGGUGCUGCCAUGCGGUCAGAAGCCACAGCUGCAGCAGAACAUAAAGGAAAGGCGAUCAUGCACGACCCCUUUGCAAUGAGGCCAUUUUUUGGCUAUAACUUUGGCCGUUACCUCUCCCACUGGUUAAGCAUGGAGCAGAGACCCCGGGCAAAGCUGCCCAAGAUCUUUCAUGUCAACUGGUUCCGUAAGAGCCAGUCGGGGAGGUUCCUGUGGCCGGGCUAUGGAGAAAACAUCCGAGUCCUGCAGUGGAUGUUCCAGAGGCUGGACGGGGAGGUCGGUGUGGUUAACUCUGCUGUGGGCUGCCUGCCUACCAAAGGAGCCAUCAGCCUGAAGGGGCUUGACCAAGAAGUGAACCUGGACGAGCUCUUCGAACUGCCCAAGGAAUUCUGGGAACAGGAGGUACAGGACAUCCGGUUGUACUUCCAGACGCAGGUUAACAAUGACCUGCCUUAUGAGAUAGAAAGGCAGUUGGAGUUACUGGAACAGCGAGUGCAGCAGCUGUGAUAGAUACAGAUCAUCACAACGGUAACGGUCAAAAAGAAAUAAAUACUGGAUUUCUAUUCAUAUAUUAAUUCCCACUCUCUGACUUGAAAGAAUUAGAAGAGAAGUUAGUAGAAAAGAGUUAAGAAAUUGGAUGAAAUACCUUGAGGAUAUGGGUAGCAACUAUCACGGCUGAUUAAUUGUUUAACUAUCUAUUUAAAAGUGAAUAGGAGGAAACCCUGAAAAGAGACUGUGCACUAAACAACAUAACUUAUUUCUGCUUUACAGUUCCAUAUAUUUAACAAUGUCGAUUGCUGAAGAGCGUUAUUAUACUCAACCCAAGAUGCUGUGCACUUAUUGCACAUCUGUCACUGGUCAUUAUAUACUGACCUUUUCUUGUUGUUGAUGUUUUAAAGUCUUAAUUUAUUUUUGUAUACCAUGAAGUAUUAUUGUGUGUUUUGGAUUUCAAUUUGCUCUCAAUGUAAGAAGCAUAAAGAGACAUUAAUAAAUAUUAUUUUGAACAAUCA